AUGGACUUGCUAGAGGACCUUGAGUCCCUCAAGUUUGAAUAUGGGAUUCAAGAGGAAGACUUCAGCUGGCUGUACCUGCAGGGUCGUUAUCGGGGACUGGUGAUCAAGGCUUGUGCCCAUGCAACCUUCUUCUGUAAGCUGCUCCAUAAAUUGAGAGACACAUUACCUGAGAAACUGACCAACUCAGGGGAAUCGCUAGACGAAACCACCGUUGCUUCUGAUGAGCUCAAGGUGGGCAUUAUUGGAGGCGGCCACCUUGGGAAGCAGCUGGCUCUGACACUGCUUCAGCUUGUCCCCAUCCCGGCUGAGAGCCUUCGGAUCUCCACGCGGAGGCCAGAGACCCUGGAUGAGUUCCAGAAACUCGGAAUCCAGUGUUUCUACCAUAACUCCAACCUGGUCGGCUGGGCCAACGUGGUCUUCCUCUGCUGCCUGCCAUCUCAGCUGCCUCAUAUCUGCGUAGAAAUUCAGCCCAGCCUCGAGGAAGUCUGCAUCGUGUACAGCUUCGUAGCUGCCAUUCCAAUACCCAGGUUGAAACUCCUGCUGAACCACACCAAUAUCUUGCGGCCUCAGUAUCAGUGUGUUGCAGAUUUUGUCAACUUCUGGGGAACCAAUAAGGACAUCACAUCUGCUCUCCAAGACCCCACAAUUCUUCGGGCCACCUGCCCCUACAGCUCUGCUGGGGGGAUCGUCCUCAACAUCAAGUGGUUAGAGGGGGUGUUCUAUGCAUUGCUGAAUAUCUGCACGGCCAAGGGCCUGCCCCAGUUGCAGGUGCUACAGCUCCUGAAUGAGCUUUUCCUCUCAGUGCAUGCUGAAGACUGUGAGGAAGGUGGAGCAAAUUGCCCCCAAUUUGAGAUACGGGACUUUAUCAGCAGAUUCUAUGUAAAGAGCCUCCCUCAGAAAAGGAUUUUCCCCUGCUUCGAUCUAACUGCUGUGCAGCUCAGUGAAACACCCUUUAGCCAGUGCCUCUCCGCCAGCACUGCUCUGCAGGACCACCUCACCUACCUCUACUGUGAUUCGUUUGGCAUCUCCCUAAACAAAGGACAUUCCUCAGUGGAUUCCACAGACUCUACCUCCCAAUAA